GUAGCUUGGCGGCUUGGUUUGGAGGGGCUGAGCGUAGGCAUCAAUAAGACCACUAAGGGGGAGUUUUCUACUUGUAAAACGCAUGAAAAGCCUCCAAAAAUUCCCGGUGACUUCAGAUCCAAGGAGGUGGUCAUAUCCAUCGGAGCACCAUUCAUACUCUAGAACUUUCACUUCGAGUAGGACUGCGGCUUCAGACAAAAUCCCAUUGCUGCCUGCGCGCGCUCUUAACAUGAACUCACAAAUGGAUUAAAACGUAUCUGACAUAAACCUGUUAUUGUAAGUAACCUAUAGGUAAGCUUUACAUUUUCAAUUUUAGGAGAAUAUGCGAAAGCUGUGAAUUGGUUUAAGAUAUUGAAUCCAUCCUGCGUAAUGCUUACCUGGACAUUAUGAAGAGACAUCAAAGCAUUUUGCAUGCUUGGGAAAAGUUACAGUAUUGCUGAAACUUUCUGUUCGCCUCCAUUCAACCACUCGAUAUUGCUUGUGGCUAUCGACACAACUGAAUCUUGAGUGACCAGCCUACACGCAGCAGCAAUUACAUUUUUGACACAAAUAUGGACCGUUUAUGGAUUGCAGUUUUAGUGGUUCUAACCAUUGCACUAGUACGAAUGUGUGACUGCCAGAAGGACUCAACAGGUGGUAGACAGGAGAUGUGGGAGCAGCUCCGGGAGCUAGCGAGGAGCCAAGGUCACUCCGCAGUGGGAGCUAAGGACGCUGUCCCCGCCAUAUCAUCCAGAGAAAGCUCGCUCAGUUUCUCUCAUAAUGUCUCGCACUCCGGUCGCCGGGCUCCGGCGAGCUCAUCAUCUCUACGAGAUAACAGACACGCGACGGCAAUUAAACCAGUUCCAGCUCCCAGUACGGAAGCUUCCCUCCGGGCGGAUGAUGCCACCGUCCCACGAGAUGCUGCGCGUAGGGCCGCGACACAGCUCGGCACCCAUCACUCAUCACAGCAAAGACCCCGAAUCAGUUCCAGACAGAGCAACAAACCCAGCUCAACGCAUACCAGGCGCCUUGCAGGGCCUAAUGUAUGUGGAGGUCACCAGUGCUGCUCUGGAUGGGCUGUGGCUUCUGGGACCAACCGCUGCAUAAAACCCGACUGCCAGCCCCCCUGCCAUAACCGCGGCUCCUGCAGUAGGCCCCACACAUGUGUGUGCCGCUCGGGGUUCCAGGGGGCCCGCUGCGAGGAGGCAGCACCUGAGCAGGUGUACAUCCACACCGGAGGGUCCCUGAGGCGCAUCCAGCCAGGCACUAACCCCUUCCAGAGGGAGCAGCCCAGGAGGAGACCUACAGAGAGGCAGGCCAUAGACAGCCCCAGGGCCCAGACAAUCAGACCUGAUACCACCAGACAGCCUCUUCAACCUGUGACCCAGGUGAGGCGAGGACCAGCCGACUCAUCGUCUCCUCAGCAGACUGGGACAUCUCGUACCGUCAAGCGAUACCCAUCGUCCACUGGCCCCAUCACAUCCAACGCUCUGCCUAAUGGGAACGGACAUGACAUUGGGAACGGCAAUGGACACUCAAGUAACAGCCACAGACCCACCACCAAUGGCCACGCCAACAACGCAAUGGCGCCAGCAGGGGCCAACCUCACUUCCAACCUUGACCGCAUCAAGAUUGUCUUCACCCCCAUGGUAUGUCGGAGGGUGUGCAGCGGCGGCCGCUGCUACAACAGCUGUGAGAAGGGUGACACCACCACCGUCUACAGUGAGAACCAGCAGCAACAUCAGCCGGCAAAGACCCAGGGCUUCAGACUCUUCUUCUGUCAGAUCCCCUGUCUGAACGGCGGGCGCUGCAUUGGCAGGGACCAGUGCUGGUGCCCAACAAACUCCACGGGGAAGUUCUGCCACCUCCCAGUCCCCCCUCCUGCCCGACCCACCCCCAGCAGGAAGGACGGCAGCCUGGCCGGACGCAACUCGUCCUCCCACUCCAUGUACACCCUGCCGCUGUCCAAUCAACAAGCCUCUCUACACCCGUCCAUGGUGAAUGUCCACAUCCAGCACCCCCACGAGGCUGAGGUGCAGAUCCACCAGGUAGCCCGGGUCAAGCCUGGCCAGAGACCCCCCGCGGCUGAUGGGGCUCACUCUGUACAGCAGCGCUCCCAACCUGGCAAUGGCAUCGGCAAUGGGCACGGGCACACCAGACCACACAACCGGCAGAACGGAUACGUGGGGAGGUGCUUCCAAGAGACCGUUGAUGGACAGUGUGGGAAGCCUCUUCCGGGCCUGACCAAACAGGAUGACUGCUGUGGAAGUGUGGGUGCCUCAUGGGGCCUGAACAAGUGCACAGAGUGUCCAACCAAACCAGCGUAUGCAGUGAUUGCGAACGGGCAAGUGGAAUGCCCCAAGGGUUACAAAAGGAUGAACAUGUCUCAUUGUCAAGACAUCAACGAGUGUUUGAUGAACGGGAUCUGUAAGAACGCUGAGUGUCUGAAUACCAGAGGAAGCUACAGAUGCACCUGUAAACCAGGCUACAUGCUGGACCCUGCCAGGAGCCACUGUGUCUCGGACAAGGCUGUGUCGGACCAGAGGGGGAUGUGUUACCGCUCAGCGUCAGUGGGGACCUGCUCUCUGCCUCUCGCUCAGCACAUUACCAAACAGAUCUGCUGCUGCAGCCGUGUGGGCAAGGCCUGGGGCACGGCCUGCGAGAGGUGCCCUCUGCCAGACACAGACCAUUUCAAGGAGAUCUGUCCCGCUGGCCACGGCUACACAUACUCGCGCUCCGACGUGCAGAUCUCCCUGAGACAGCUGGAGGAAGAGGAGCUGAGGAGGACUGGCAUUUCCUGGGAGGCCCAAAACCCUAGCCACCCCCAACUGCCCCAGCAGCCAGCUCACCCCCCACAGCAGCUGCCCCACGUCCCACAGACCCCACAGAUCCCACAGUACCCCUACCACCGCCAACCACAUCAACCACAUCAUCCACAACACCCCCACCAACCACAACACCCACAGGAGAUACCCCACCACCCCCAGACCCCACAGUACCCUCAUCAAUCCCACAAACCCCACCAUCCACAGCACCCCCAAGAGCUCCCCCAGACGCCCCAGAUCCCCCAGUACCCUCACACCCCCCAACAACCACAACACCCUCUCCAUCCAGACCCAGACACCCAGCAUCCAGCUGGGGAGACCCCCAGCCAGCCUCAAGAUGUGGAAAUAUUGAACCCGCGUCCUGUUGCGACUGCCUCCCCAUUGAAGUACCCAGUAGAUGUGGUAGAGAAAGUGACUCCUGACUCUCCCAUCAACCUGGGGCCUGAAUCUGAGGGCAAGGACACAGCCUCCAUCAAUGUGGCCACUCAGGUCACAGAUAUUGACAAGUGCUCCAUCACUCCAACCAUAUGUGGCCAUGGGCUGUGCGUGCCAGUGCAGACAGGCUACACCUGCUACUGUGACCCCGGCUACAAGCUGAGUGCACUCCAGACCAACUGCAUCGAUGUAAAUGAGUGUGAGGGGGACCCUUGUGGAGGGAAGGGCCGAUGUGUGAACACCUUUGGCUCCUACACCUGCCAAUGCUACAGCGGCUACAGCCAGGUCAUCACCCAGAACAGGAAGUUCUGCCAGGAUAUAAAUGAGUGUGACAUGGCCAACAAGUGCCAGGAUGGUGACUGUGUCAACACGGAGGGAUCUUACACCUGUGAAUGCAAGAGUGGCUACGCCAAGUCCAGGAAAGGGCAGUGUGAAGACGUAGAUGAGUGCCAGGGCCCCAGCUCGUGCCCCAGUGGAAGGUGUGUCAACACCCCAGGCUCCUUCCAGUGCCAGGCCUGUGGCCCCGGGUUCAGGGCUGCCAGCAGGAGAUGUCUGGAUGUCAACGAGUGUUUGGACCAAUCGGUGUGCGCCCAUGGUAGGUGUGUCAACUCCGAGGGCUCCUUUAGCUGCAGCUGUUACCAAGGAUACCAGGCCUCUCUGGACAACAGCAGUUGCCAUGAUGUGGAUGAGUGUCUGCUCCCUGGAGCCUGCCUCCAUGGCAGGUGUGUCAAUCUGGAUGGCUCCCACAGGUGCAGCUGUAACCCUGGUUACCAAAGCGCUCCUGACGGCAGGGCCUGUGAAGAUGUUGACGAAUGUGCUACACCUGUGUGCCCCGCGGGAAUUUGCACCAAUUCCGAAGGUUCCUACUCAUGCAAGAACUGCCGACCUGGAUUCCAGCGAUCAGCGGAUGGACAGAGAUGUGAAGAUGUGGAUGAGUGCUCCAAGGCAGACAUGUGUCUGGGAGGGGUAUGUGCCAACACAGAGGGCUCCUUCACCUGCACCCGCUGUAAAGACGGAUACAGGGUGUCCCAGGACAGGCAGAGGUGUGAGGAUAUUGAUGAGUGCCAGUCUGGGUCUGUGUGUGCUAACGGGAUCUGUCUGAACUCUGAGGGCUCCUUCUCCUGCAUCACCUGUCCCUCAGGCUACAGCGUCUCCCUAGACGGAGAGCUGUGUGAAGAUAUUGAUGAGUGUGAGCUGCCCACUACGUGCCCCAGGGGAACAUGCACCAACACUGAGGGUUCCUUCACCUGCACCACCUGUGGGUCAGGCUAUAGAGUGACUGAGGAUGGGCUGGAGUGUGAUGAUGUGGAUGAGUGCUUGGUGGCUAACGUGUGCCCAGGCCAGCUGUGUAGGAACAGUCCUGGAUCCUUCUCCUGCAGCAGCUGUGGGACUGGCUUUACCCUGUCUGAGGACGGCUCCCACUGCCAGGAAAUAAAUGAGUGCCUGUCCCCAGGAGUUUGUCCCAUGGGCGUUUGCAGCAACACAGAGGGCUCCUACUCCUGUAUGACCUGUGACCUUGGCUUCACGCUGGCGCCCAAUGGGCUCACCUGUGAAGACAUCAACGAGUGUGAGGACCACGGUCUGUGUCUGGCAGGACAGUGUACCAACAACCCUGGUUCAUACAGCUGCUCCUGUCCCCCGGGCCUGGAGAUGGUGGACGGGACAUCUUGCAGAGAUGUGGAUGAGUGUCAGUCUGGGGGGAUCUGUGGAGAUGGGGACUGUCUAAACACAGAGGGUUCCUACCUCUGCAUCUGCCCUGAUGGAUACACCACAGGCACCACAGAUGGAAUUGGCUGCCAAGAUGUUGAUGAGUGCAGCAAGGAUGGCGUGUGCUCCCAUGGUCAGUGUCUAAACAUGGAUGGCUCCUACAUCUGCCUCUGUGAGACUGGCUUCAAGUACUCUGCAGACACAGCCGACUGUGAGGAUCAGAAUGAGUGUAAGGAGUUUGGUAGCUCAGUGUGUGGCACCUGGCGCUGUGAGAACACCAUUGGCUCAUACCGAUGCUUCAUGGGCUGCCAGCCUGGCCUGUACGGACAGGACAACCCAGACUGUGAUAUUGAUGAGUGUGUGAAUGAGACCAUCUGCGGGGACCAUGGCUUCUGUGAGAACACAGACGGCUCCUACCGUUGUCAGUGUGACCAGGGCUACAGCAACCCCCCUGGUGAUGCCGGGGCCCAUAGCUGUGUGGACGUGAACGAGUGUGAGAUGAGCACCGCGCUGUGUGGAGAGGCCCUGUGUGAGAACGUGGACGGCAGCUUCCUGUGCAUCUGCCCCAGCGACAAUGAGGAAUUUGAUCCCAUCACCAGCCAGUGCCGCCCGCAGGGUGAAGAUGCUCCUCCUAAGCCAGCCUUGCCCACUGAGGAACAGAGGAAGGAGUGUUACUACAACCUGAACGAUGCUAACUUCUGUGACAAUGUGCUGUCUCGCAACACCACGAAGCAGGAGUGCUGCUGCACAGUGGGGGCCGGCUGGGGGGACGACUGUGAGAUUCACCCCUGCCCAGUCCCAGGGAGAGAGGAGUAUGACCAGUUGUGUCCACAUGGAAGUGGUCUUCUGCCCCAAGCUGUUUUCUCCCACAGCCUGGAACAGCAGAGUUUCAAAGAUGUGGACGAGUGUAAGAUGUUUGGGCCAGAUAUCUGUAAGAAUGGCCGUUGCUCUAACAACUUCUCCUCGUACUCCUGCUUCUGCCGUACAGGCUUCUACUACGACAACAUCCGGCUGGAGUGUGUGGAUUAUGACGAGUGCCUGACAGAGAAGGCGUGUGUGGAUGGGGUGUGUGUGAACACUGCCGGCUCUUUCGACUGUUUCUGCAGUCCCCCUCUGGUUCUGGACAGCACCCGCCGUCGCUGCGUCAGCGUCAACACCACCAAGGAGACUCAUGAGCCUGAGGAGGACAUCCACCUGAACAUCUGCUGGCAGGGCCUGGUAGAUGAGCGUAUGUGUGCCCAGCCCCUCAUCGGCAGGAGGACCACCUACACAGAGUGCUGCUGUCUCUAUGGAGUGGCCUGGAGCGAACAGUGUGCCUUCUGCCCCAGGAGGGACUCUGAUGACUACGCAGCAGUGUGUAACCUGCCAAGGAGAGGGGGGUCUGACAGUCUACGAGAGAGGCCAGGCUAUGAGUAUGGUCCUGGGGUUGAGGGUCCUGAGGGGCCCUAUGUCCCCCCCUACUGGGACAACUAUGGAGGAGGGCCCAUCACUGGGCCUGGGGGUACCUACUACAACCCAGAGGACACCCAGGGCAUCCCCCUGUUCACAGACAACACCAACGACUAUGGCUCCCGAGAGGGAGACAUAGAGCUGCCAUUACGUGUCCCUGUCCACCGGCCAAGAGAGUUCCAGCCUCACCCUGUAGACUCAUACAAUGACCGCUUUGAUGGCUUCGAGGGCCUGCGAGCAGAGGAGUGUGGCAUCCUGAACGGCUGUGAGAAUGGCCGGUGUGUGCGCGUGAGGGAAGGUUACACCUGUGACUGCUUUGAUGGUUACGAGCUUGACCUCACCAAAAUGGCCUGCAUCGACAUAAACGAGUGUGAGGAUAUCAGUGACAGCGUGGCGCUGUGUAAGAACGGGGCCUGUACCAACACUGAGGGGUCGUACAAGUGCACCUGCCUGCCUGGCUUCCAGGCCUCUGCCAAGCCCCAUGAAUGCAUUCCAGAGGUCCCACUGGCUGGCUUUAGAGGGAGAGUGGCAGGGAAAUGAGGGUGUGACUGUUGGAGCUUCUUCUCUCCUCCCUCCACCACCCCACGCCCUUACCCUCACCCCCCGCCCUCUCAAAGGGCCUGGCACUAUAAACCUCCAUCAAAAAACACUGAAACGUCCACGCUUGUCCCCUAAACACACACACACCAACACACAUACUCUUAUUGACUCUUUCCUAAUUUCUCUCUCUCUACCACACACAUACUCAUUCACAUUUCCACAGGGGACCAGGAGCUAUCCAGUGAAUGUAUUCCAUGGGAUUAUCCUAUUUCUUAACAUUUAUAUUUUGCUUAAAGGGAUUUUCUGAGGAGUGACCUUGUAUUCAGUGAUCCCAGGCAGUUUGGUAUGCAUACAUACAUUUUUUCUGCAUUGUUUUUCUCCAUUUGUCUUUUUGGUUGAUUAUUUAUUUCAUGUACAUGACAAGGCUCUGUAAAGUAAGAGGGCAUAGGAUUUAUAUUGUCUUAUUUGUCAGACCAAUAUACUUUACUAACGAUGAGGGGAAACAGUGUGAAUAGUUGUUUAAGUUUGGUAACCUGGAGGAAGCUGAUUGUCGUAAGCAUGCCACAUGUUAUAUUCAUAUUAUAACAUAAUAAUCACAUUGCUAUACAGGGAAAGUUACUUUCAAACCACUUUUUACUAGUAUUUGGGAUGCUUCUGUUGUCAGCAAGGCCUUUAAAAGGACCAACCACCCCUUCCACUGGUCUUCUGUGUUUCUUAUAACAGUGCAAUCCUACAGUCCUCAUCCUCGAGACAAACAGGCUCCUCUGUUGGCAAGGUUGUCUCAAGAGCAAUAACUACGAUCAAACAAGGUCCAGACCAGAUUCAUAUGCUAUCACAAUGUUGCUUUGACCUGCUGCCAGUACAAAUAGAGGGAGAGAGAGAGAGAAUUGAAUAUGGGCUUGGAGAGGCUAUAAAUGUACAGUACGAGUCAAAAGUUUGGACACCUACUCAUUCCAGGGUUUUUCUUUAUUUUUUACUAUUUUCUACAUUGUAGAAUAAUAGUGAAGACAUCAAAACUAUGAAAUAACACAUAUGGAAUCAUGUAGUAACCAAAAAAGUGUUAAUAAAAUCUAAAUAUAUUUUAUAUUUGAGAUUCUUCGCAGUUCCCACCCUUUGCCUUGAUGACAGUUUUGCACACUCUUGGCAUUCUCUCAACCUGCUUCAUGAGGUAGUCACCUGGAAUGCAUUUCAAUUAACAGGUGUGCCUUGUUAAAAGUUAAAUUGUGGAAUUUUUUUUCUUAAUGCAUUUUGAGCCAGUCAGUUGUGUUGUUACAAGGUAGGGGUGGACACAUCUCAACAUCAACUGUUCAGAGGACACUGCGUGAAUCAGGCCUUCAUGGUCAAAUUGCUACUAAAGGACACCAAUAAUAAGAAGAGACUUGCUUGGGCCAAGAAACACAAGCAAUGGACAUUAGACCGGUAGAAAUCUGUCCUUUGGUCCGAUGAGUCCAAAGUUGAGAUUUUUGGUUCCAACCGCCGAGUCUUUGUGAGAUGCAGAGUAGGUGAACGGAAGAUCUCCGCAUGUGUAGUUCUAAAAAAAAAAUACAGUAGAAAUACAUUACUGUAUUUUAGUCAAUGCCACUCCGACAUUGCUCAAUCUAAUACUUAUAGAUUUCUUAAUUCCAUUAUUUUACUUUUAGAUUUGUGUGUAUUGUUGUGAAUUGUUAGAUACUAUGACACUGUUGGAGCUCGGAACACAAGCAUUUCGCUACACCCGCAAUAACAUCUGCUAUAUAUGUGUAUGCGACCAAUAAAAUGUGAUUUGAUUUGAUUUGAUUUAGUUCCCACCGUGAAGCAUGAAGGAGGUGUGAUGGUGUGAGGGUGCUUUGCUGGUGAAACUGUCAGUGAUUUAUUUAGAAUUCAAAGCACACUUAACCAGCAUGGCUACCACAGCAUUCUGCAGCAAUACGCCAUCCCAUCUGGUUUGCACUUAGUGGGACUAUCAUUUGUUUUUCAACAGGACAAAUACCCAACACACCUCCAGGCUGUGUAAGGGCGAUUUGACCAAUAAGGAGAGUGAUGGAGUGCUGCAUCAGAUGACCUGGCCUCCACAAUCACCCGACCUCAACCCAAUUGAGAUGGUUUGGGAUGAGUUGGACCGCAGAGUGAAGGAAAAGCAGCCAACAAGUGCUCAGCAUAUAUGGGAACUCCUUCAAGACGGUUGGAAAAGCAUUCCAGGUUUAAGAUGGUUGAGAGAAUGCCAAGAGUGUGCAAACCUGUCAUCAAGGCAAAGUGUGGCUACUUUGAAGAAUCAAAAAUAUGAAAUAUAUUUUGAUUUGUUUAACACUUUUUUGGUUACUGCAUAAUGCCAUGUGUUAUUUCAUAGUGUUGAUGUCUUCACUAUUAUUCUACAAUGUAGAAAAUAGUAAAAAAUUAAGAAAAUCCUUUAAAUUAGUAGGUGUGUCCAAACGUUUGAAUGGUACUGUAUAUGAUUAAAUAUGUAAUAUGUUUGUAUAGGUUCCACUGGCCUUCUCCCACUAGUCAAGAGAGUAGUUCAGCACACAUUAUGUCCCAUAGCAAAUUGUUUAUGUUUACAUUCAAUCACAUUCACAUUCACAAUUGACUUCAGAUCCCAUGUAAGAACAUUCCCAUUAAUGCAUCUCUGAAUGUGAGUAAAGGCUUUGUUGACGAGGUUUAGGAUAUUUUGUACAGAUCUAGUACUAUGUAUUAAUGUUUUUGUUACUUUCUAAUAAUGCAUAUAGUGCAGCCAAUAUUUUUGUUUGACAAAAAAAAGAAAAAAAAUCCAGCAUUACAGUUUAGCCAUUUAGAUUUAUAUAUUUCUGUAAAAAAUAAAAUAAAAAAACAUCUUUAUGUAUGAGAAAAGUGGUUUACACUGUACCAGAGAAAGUGUAUGUAUCCUGCCCUGUGGAGCAGACAUUGAAAUGUAAUGUUGGGGAAUGGCAGUACUUUUUUAAACACAAUGUGGUGCCAUUGAUCCUACAAGUAAAAUACAAAAAAGAAUGCCUUUUGAAAUGCAAGCAUUAUUCUUUGUGCCAUUAAAACACAACUUGUUUGCCUUUCAAAUAAUGUUACCUUGGAACAGUUUGUCAUUCUGGUGACCUUUUUUAAAAUCAAUAUAGUGAACACUAUUCGUCAUUUCCAAUCAAAUAAACAUUGUUGUCCUUUCACAUUCAACUCUAGAAACAUAUGAUUGCUGAUUAGUCAUGUUUUCACAUUUUCCAUUAAGAGAAAUGCGUAUCUUGCCAGCACCUAUCUUACACAUAUUUGGAGGAUGCCUUCUUUCAAUGACUGAUGCCCUUGACCUGCAUUCAAAGAGAUGUUCACUGUACUCUUUAUCAGUCUAUCUAUACUGUAUGAUUCAUCCCUCCACAAGUCUUACAUUGAGGUAAAACAAAUUGUGAACAUGUAUUUUAUAUUAUUUAAAGCUUUGUAAACCACAAGUUGUGGUGUAGGAUGUGAUGUAUGAUGUGGUCAAUGAAAAUAUCAUGUUCAUUCCUUUUGUUUACCUCUUGACUGUAGUCACUAUCUGUCAUCAAAAUAAACUUUGAAAAUAUCUAUA